AUGACAUCCAUGGACACUCCACGGAAGGUAACAUUUCUUCUUUUUAAGAGUUUUUUUUCCAUGUUCAGUUGAAUUAAUCUGAAAACAGUUGAUGUCUCUUGAAUGAUAAAUCCUUAAACCCAAAUGUUUUUAAACUCUUUCAUUUCAGUGUCACCCUCCAUCCCUCGUUGGCCCGACCCUGAUUGGAUUCCUCAUUCUUAUACCAGGUAAGACAUUUGUAAGAAAAAUGUUGUGUUGAAUUUUAAGAUUGUCCAAGAUUUUUAAAAAGCUAAAGAUGCUGACUGUCCUUCUGUUCUCUAAAUAUCCUGUCACCUUUGGUUACGAGCCAGGACCAAAAACACUCAGGUUCACAGAGGGUCAAAAGAUCUCUUAAAUAUCUUAGAGGGAGUCCAUCUAACGCUUUUAAAGUAGUCUCUAAAAUUAAAGUCAAUACAAUAAGAAACUGAGAGUCUGUGGGAGUUGUCAAGGACCAGACCCACUGAGAAUAGACGGCUGUUAGACACCUAGUUUUUUUUUUAGACCUAAUUUCAACCGUCUAGAUUCUGUAUAUUUUUAGACAAAAUUUAGACGUCGUACUUUAACCCAUUAUUCGAUAACUAUUUAUUUCAAAAAGCAACUGUGAGUCACACAACUGAUCUCCAAGUACUUAACCAAAAUAAGUAUGAUAGCCAUUGAUCAAUAUACAGUGUAGUAUAGAUAUAGCCCAGAUUUAGACUUGUUCUAAAUUUAGACGUCUAAAAAACUUGAAACCUGAUUUUAGACCAGUCGUCUAGGCUACAUUUAGACAUCUAUUGGACCUCUUUUAGAACAAAAAAUACUCAUUGGAGAGUGACAUGCUGGCAUUUUGGGGUGCCUGUAAAUCAGAGCUGUAGUGUAUCUAUCAAGCUUGAGUCAGAGAGAGGUGUGGAGAUGCUAAAGAGAACAGAGCAAACCAAAACUUAUGAUUUUAGAUUUGCCUUGAUUUAUCUAGAAAAAAAAAAAAGGGACAUCCAGUAUUUAGUUAAAUAUCACUGAGACAUGAGCGCGAAGUUGACGAAAAUUAUAUGAAGAGAAACAUACAUCUGUGUGUCAUCCAUAAAUGAACAAAAAGAUAUGAAGAUGUUUACAAGCCCAUUACUUUAGUUUAUUCUCUUCGAUUGUGAAGAGUCUCAAUGUUGGAUUAGAGCUUGGGCACAGACAGUUUCUAGCAUUUUGAGAUUCACUUGGGAAGUGGAAACAACACAGGCCGGCAGCGUUGUUAAAAACAUGUGAGCUGAAUUACAUUUCUGGUUAAUGUCUGAGUCUUCUUACCAGCCCUGUGCAGUGCAAUCGACGUGAACUGCUCUGAGCCAAACCAGCCUGCCCUGCUUAAGGCUCUGAAUCCAUUGUUCAACUUGAGCGCCAUACGUCCUGUGAUGAACCUCACGACCCCCACCAUGAUCACAACCUCUUUCACCAUGUAUGGGAUACUUGGAGUGGUAAGUUCAGCUCACAGUAGACAAGAUAAGAGGAAGGCAGUUGUUAGGCAUAUGGAGAUCAUUUUUUCAAAGCAUGUGACACUUCAUAGUAACUGUCCUGGUAAACACUUCUCAAUGCAAAUGACAAAUUUGUGAGUGUAUGAUUAAAUAUCAAACAUUUCACACAGAUGAACUAGACAGUGUCACCAAAAAACUGUGUUUUAGGUCAGGAUGGCUGCACUGACAUGUUUGAGGAUUUAGUGGUUCAAUUCUUUUUUUUCCAGGAUGAAAAGGCUCAACUUUUGGAGACUUAUAUUUGGCUGCAUUACGUAAGUAUGACUGCUCUCAUCUUUUUUUAGCCUCUAACAGACAAAAUAUUUUUCCAUCUUAUUUAUUUCAGGGUCAUUUGCACACUUCAUCUUUGCACUGAUGUCUCACUGUCUACAACUGUACUUUCCACUUCAGUUUAUUGAUAUUUUGAAAUGUUUAUUCGUGUUGGUAGGCAUUGUUUCUAUGAUUUCAGUGUAUUUCUAUCCCUGUGUCUUUGUAAUGAGUUAAAUUUCAUAUUGUUCAUAUUGAUAAAGAUUUUAAAUCUGUUUCUACCUGUUAUAUAAUUUACUCCACUUCUGUUAUACUCACACUGUGUGACACCAACUUUGUUGCUUUUAGUGGUGGCAUAAUGAAUUCGUCUCUUGGGAUCCAGCCCAGUGCGGCACCCACAAGAUUUCUCUGCCUAGGGCCAAGUUCUGGGUGCCGGAUAUUGUCAUCAACGAAUUGUGAGUUUCACAGAUUUCAAUGAACAGAGCAUUUACCUCACAGAGCUGGGUAGUUUAACUGAAGCAGUAUGCAAACAGGACCAAAUUUGAUGUGAAUUUUGAAUCUUCUUAUCAAAAUUAUUUGACCUCCCACUGAGCAUUUUUGUUCUAGAAGAGGUCUAAUAGACAUCUUAAUGUAGCCUAGACGGCAGGUCUAAAAUCAGGCUAUACUACACUGUAUAUUGCUCAACAGCUAUCAUAUUUAUUUUGGUUCAGUACUUGGAGAUCAGUUAUACAACUCACAGUUGCUUUUUGAAAUAGUUAUUGAUUAAUGGGUUAAAGUGCAACGUCUAAAUUCGGUCAAAAAUAUACAGAAUCUAGACAGUUGAAAUUAGGUCUAAAAAAAAACUAGAUGUCUAAUAGCCGUCUAUUCUCAGUGGGCUGAUGGUAUAAACAGUGUGUUAAAACAAAGGAAGAGGUGCCAAGCCUGGGCUGAGUGAAAAUAUUGCCUCCUCCGAUUCAGAAAUACCAAUAAGAAUAUUUCCAAUGUGACUUUGUUAAUAACUUAAAGUUGCUAUGCUCUAAUUUCACAUGAAUUAAUCACAAACCUCCUCAGCUUGACUGUUUUUUCUUUUUCCCUUUUUUCGCAGUAUGGAUGAAAACACAGCCCCCCUUGUCCCAUAUGUGUACUUGCACAGUGACGGUAGGGUGCACGAUGCUCUGCCAGUAAAAGUCAUCAGCUCCUGUAACCUCGAUAUCUACACCUUCCCUUUUGACAUCCAGAACUGCACAAUGACUUUCAACUCCUACCUUCACUAUGGUAAGACAUGCACAGCAUCAAAUGUCUCUUUUUUGAGCUCACAGUGUUAAGGUGGUGAAAGGCAAUUCAAGAGGAAGUCGUGAGUUAGCGAUAAAAUGAAAAAUUCAACCAUAAACCUCUUCAGCUCUGUAACAUAGGCAUGUAAUUUUCCUGACAUUGGCUUUGAAGUAUAAGAUUUCUGUAUGCUCUUCUCAGCCAUGGACAUCCAGAUCUCCCUCUGGAAGUCAGCAGAAAACAUUACACAGAGCUCCAAAAGGGUGAUGACUACCAUGGGGGAGUGGGAGCUGCUGGAGAUCACCUCCAAAAAAAUCGAAAAGGGACAAGAUAAGGCUGAAUACAUUGACGAGCUUACAUUCAAUGUAGGUUGAUUAUAUUCACCAUUUUUUGUAUUUUGGCUGAAUUCUAGUCUAGACUUUGGGGGUCAAGCCAGAAACUGAGUUGUGCAAUGUCUACCCUUUCUAAAGAAUUUUAUUUUGUGAAUCCAACUUAGCAGCAAACAUCAACCUCACUGAAAUUCUUGAGCUAAAGUAAUCUUAUUUAUUUAGCUCUAUAUUUUACAAGAUUUUCAGCAAUUUUAAACCAUAACUUCUGAUUUUUGUAACUUCGAAACAGCCUGAGAUGUCUGUUUUAUCAAAUUGGAAACAAACCUCAUUACAGUUUCUUCCUCUCUUUCUUUCUGCAGGUCAGAGUGAGGCGCAGGGCCACCCUGUAUGUGGUGAACCUGCUGAUCCCCAGCUGUUUCCUCAUCACAGUCGACCUCUUCAGCUUCCUGCUGCCUCCUCAGGCUGUGGACCGCUCUGCCUUUAAGAUGACCCUCAUCCUGGGCUACACAGUCUUCUUGCUCAUCAUGAACGACCUGCUGCCUAUCACUGGAAACACCAUACCUCUCAUAAGUCAGUGUUGCUAUGUUUUUCACAAACAAACAGCUGUCGAUUGAUCAAAUAAGAGAAUAUAUGACACAGUUGAAUGAUGCUAACUUAAAUCGAAGGUGGUCCCUGUUCUCACACUCUCUAUCCCCUCUUGCUUUUUACCAGAUGUGUUUUUCUCUCUCUGCUUGGCUCUGAUGGUGGCCAGUCUGCUGGAGACCAUCCUCAUCACCAAUCUGCUGAAUGGUGCUGCUGAUUUCCCCCCAGUGCCGCACUGGAUCAGAGUGAUUGUUCUGCAAUUUUUGGGAUGUAUUGUUUGCCUGCCUCAGAAGCCUAAAACUCGAAAGGACUUUGGUAAGAAUAAUAUGGACUUUUUUUUUUUUUUUAAAUCAAACCCAUCAGUGCUGAUAAAAAAUACAGCAGCUGUUGCCAAUUCAAUACAAAGGUGAUAAUUAACUCCCUCUCCUCUUAAAAUCUAGAUCUGAAAUCUGUGUUUGCAAAGCCAAGAGCUGAUGAUGGGCCCCCAGAGGGAGCCGGAUCAGGUGCGGAGGGCAAGACCCUUCAGGAGCUCAGAGGCCUGAGGACAGACCUGCAGGCUAUCCGCCAACAAGUGGAGCAGCAGCUCGUGAAAAGUCAGAGCUCGGAGGAGUGGAUCCAGGUGGGUUUCAUCAUUGACCGCCUGCUGUUCGGCAUCUACAUCCUCUUUGUAUCAGUCAGCUUCAUUACCAUCAUCAUUAUCUGGGUGAACUACAGUCAGUAGGUAAUGUUUUUUUCAGGGGUUCUGUUAAAGUAGCUUUAGUGGCUAAAGUGUUUGUUGAGUUUUAAAUCAUAUAUGAUAGUAUUUAAGCUUGUUUUGGGACCCAAAUAUCUACUCUUACUCUAAAGUCAUAAUAUCUCUGUUAGUCAAAGUCAAUGGUGGUAUAAAGAAAUUAAAUUAGCUCUACUUCAUUAGCUAGAUGUUGCUUGUGUAACACUGUGCCAUUUAAAAUGAAGGUCACCAUUGUAUACCAAAUAAAAUCACUUGGAAAAUUUCAUUCGGCUUUGAUUGAAGUUUAUUUCAAACUCUUAUUCUGCUGUUUCCUUAAUUUGGUUAUCAGUAUGUCGGUUUUAAAUUUGGUCAUACACGGCUGAAGCAGAAAUCUUUAAAAAAUAGAUCACACUGACAAAGGUUGAGUUAAAUUUAGCAAAUGUAAAAUGAUUCAGUUGUUGAACAGUCAAAAACUAUCUCAGAACAAAGAAAAUAAUAAAAUUUGAAAUCUCUUAAAAGUAGAAAAAGAUCAUUUGAUCAGUUUUUUAAAACAGCUCUACAAACACUGAACCAGGCAAAAAAUUUUGAAAUUUCUGCAUGAUUUAUUAUCUUUUCUAGCUUGAUAACUAUUAACUAUACUAAAUUCAAUAUUAAAAGUUUUUAAAAAUUAGCAAAUGAAAUAGUGAUAAAACAAGACUGAAAAACUUAGACUUUAUAAUAAAUUACUGAGCACCGGUUUGUUAAAACACAAGCAACAUGUUUGAGCAAUCAUACACACACUUUAUUUAGAGAACUACAUUUCUAUUUGUGUUUUUGACAUAAGAGCCGUUAAAAUUUUUAGAACAGAUAAAGGUAUUUUCCUGUCACAAGUUUUUACAUAAGAUUUAGAUGACAAAAAACACAUUACCAUAUAUUUAAGAUUCAAACACAUACAGGAAACUCCACCCACUCAAACCCAUUUCUUUCUCUUUGGUCUAAAUGUCCAUGUACUGCCUCCAUACUUAUAUUUUGUGUCUACUAUGAUGGACAGUGGGACUAUAAAUGACCUUAUCCCUUAAUAUUCGUCACUUAUUUUCAAGACAACUUUACUGUCAUGUCGAGUUGUUUCCCAAAAUGUGUGAAGACAGCUUUACAGGACAACCCUGACCAGUAGCACACCAUCAAACUAACGACCGCUUUUGACUCAAUGUUGAUGUUUUUAGUGCUGCCUGCCCAAAGUCAAGCCUUCUAAGGUUCUAUUCAUCUUCAUCUCUCUGCUCAUGCAUGGUAAGUACAACUCCGAAGAAAAUUGAAUAGAAACAUCAAUAAAAGUGCACAACACUCUCAUUCCACUGCUAUCGAGUUAGGAAAAGGUAGUUUACAGAUUUGAAUUUGUCAGAAUAUUUAAAUGAAUAUUUGUUUAGCAAACUUAAACCCCCGAGAGGAAGGGGAACAUUUCAGAACUCUUUAACUUAUUUCAUACAGAAAUGUAAUUUUACUGCCUUUUAUAUAAAAAUUCAGUUGACUGUUAAUUUUUUCAUGUGUGUUGCUCAGUACAGCGGAUGUACAAAAGUUUUGGUCAUUCUCACAGAUUUGGUUGUUGGCUUAGACCUGUAUCAGCGCAGCCAGAGAAAAGACUAUAAAAAUCUUUUUCUUUUCUCCGCAGCUCCAUGCAGUCCUACAAUGCUAAACUGUACACAACCUGACCCGCCCUCUCUGUUGAAUGCUCUCAGACCGGUUUUUAAUCUGAGCUCCAUUCGACCUGUGAUGAAUAUGUCAACCAGCACCAACGUCACCAUUGGCUUUGUCCUGGUUGGCAUUCUGGGGGUGGUAAGUAAUCAAAUAACCUGAAAACUAAUCUAAACCAAGUCAGUUUUUAGACACUUGUGCAAGUAUCUAAAAACUGUUUUUUAUGACUACUGACAAUUUCUGUCACCGUACAAGCAAAUUUCACUGUAUUCAAAUGAAGAACACAUCAAAACUGCUUUCAAGACAAGAAAAUAAGGUAACACUUUACAAUAACCAUAACUUAUAAAUGGUAAAUAGACCAUUUGUAAGUUAUGGUAAGCAGAUAGUUUAAUAAUGUUUAAUCAGCAUUUAUAAAUAGCAGAUAGACCAUUAAUAAAUUGUACAUUUUACAAUUUUAAAAACCUAACCCUAACCCUAACUUUACAAUAACCAUCUAAGUAAUGUUUAUAGGUGGUUUAAAAACCACUUAUUAAUCAUCUUUAAACCCUCUAUAAACCUUUCAUAAAUAGUACAUUAAUAAUGAAUGAAAAUAUGAAUCAUAAUUUCAUUGCUUGUCAAUGGCAAAGUAACUAUUAACUUAAAUUAAUAAACUAUCUAUUUGCCAUUUUUAAUUGGUCUAUGUGCUGGUUUUAAAUGAUGAUUAAACAUUAAUAAACUAUUUAUUUACCAUUUAUGAUUUAUGGUUAUUGUAAAGUAUCACUGAAAAUAUUUGUUAAAAAGGAAAUAUCCAACUAAAUGCUUCUUGUCUUUCAGGAUGAAAAGGCCCAACUCCUGACAACAUACAUCUGGCAAACUUUAGUAAGUACCUCCUUUAGAAACCAUUACUCUUGAAUUCAAAAGACAAAUUCAUCUUAAGGUGAGACGACCUAACAGGGAUUACCAAAAUUAACACCAUGUAAAAGUUCCUUAGGAUCUGUCUGAUGUGUGUUGCAGAUGUGGAAGAAUGAGUUUGUAAGUUGGGAUCCAAAUCAGUGUGGUUCUUAUUGGACUACAAUUCCAAGGGAGCUCCUCUGGGUGCCCGAUAUAGUCAUCAAUGAAUUGUAAGUGCCAUCGACCCUGUAAGGGAAGAAUUCCCUGCAUGUUUGCUUUAUUCUCUAAAACCUCUAACCUGACCUAUAUUAUGAACGAUUUAACUGGCAGAUUUACAAAUGACCUUAAUCGUAUCACCUUGAAUAGACACUUGUACAUUCUUAACAGUAUCAGGUGACUGUGUCUCCUCUCUUUCUACAGUAUGGGGAAAAACACGGCUCCCUUUGUGCCGUACAGCUACCUGUAUUCCAACGGCCUUGUGGUUGAUGCUAAGCCUAUCAAAGUGGUCAGCUCCUGUCGGCUCGACAUUUACACUUUUCCAUUUGACACCCAGAACUGCAGUUUGAGCUUCAACUCCUACUUACACACUAGUAUGACCAAACAACUUCAAACUCACACAAAUUUAUAUGCUGCUGAUCCUUUUUUUCUGUAAAAUAUCAUCUCCAAAUUUCAAUGAACACAAAGUGGAUUUACAUUAUCUUAUUCUGUUUUUUUGCUAGUGUCCGCCAUUAACGUCUCUCACUCAUCCGUGAAGGAAAUAUAUAAGCGCUCUGUAGAAGUGAUGUCAACAAUGGGGGAAUGGGAACUGACUGGAAUCACAGCGGCGACAUACCUGUUUCCGACAAGUGUGGGGGACGAUUACCAAGAGAUCCGCUUCUUUGUAAGAAAAUACUCCAUACACUGUCACCUUUAAAAGUGCCAUGUUGUACCAUUUUGUCCAUCUGAACGAUAAGAAAGAUAGUCCGUAAUUUACAAAGCCAGGAGGGGGAAAAAAAAGCUGAUUUUACUGCCUGUCUUUGACUCUGUUUCAGAUCUCAGUGAGGCGCCGGGCCACCCUGUAUGUGGUGAACUUGCUGAUCCCCAGCUGUUUUCUCAUCGCGAUCGAUCUCUUCAGCUUCCUGCUGCCUCCAAAGAGUGUGGAUCGAUCCUUGUUCAAGAUGACUCUAAUCCUGGGCUACACAGUCUUCCUUCUCAGCAUGAACGACCUUCUGCCCAUCACUGGAGAAACCAUACCUCUCAUAAGUUGGUUGUUUGUAGAACCUUAUUAGGAGUGCUGAAGCAUCCUUGAAUUCAAUCUCAACACCCCUCAAAUAAUUAAAACUAAGGCGUUGACUGUAUUUGUAGUUGAUGAAUGCGUCUCUUUAUAUUGUUCUAGAUGUGUUCCUGUCCCUGUGCCUGACUAUGAUGGUAGGAAGUUUACUGGAGACCAUCGUCAUCACAAACUUGUUGUGUGGCUCCGCUCACUACGCUCCAGUCCCUUGCUUCAUCCGAGUGCUCGUUCUUCACAUCCUCGGCCGCCUUGUGCUGCUUCCUCCAAAACCCAAAGACCAAGAGGACACAGUCAUCCAGAAUCCUGCCACUCAAGGUUGGCUGUCAGAACUGGGAUGUGUUUUUAUACUGAUGAGAUUACACAUUAAUCAUUUUUAUUAUCUCCUCCCUCGUUUCCUCUGAUGUAGAAAUAAACGUUUCCUCUGUGGUGUCUGACAUCCACAAGACUCAAGAGCAAAAUAGACCGCUAGAUGAAGACCAAGCCCUGCAGGAGCUGAGGAGUCUGGGUGGGGAGCUCCGAGACCUCCGCCUUCAGCUGAAGCAGCAGGUAGCCGGAGACCAGAGCUCAGAGGACUGGAUCCAGGUGGGUAUCAUCAUGGACCGCUUGGUGUUCAGCCUCUACAUAGUCUUCAUAAUCGUCAGCUUCAUAACCAUAACUGUUCUCUGGCUCAGGUCAUACUAAAAAUCUUCAUAACUUUGUUUCAUAAUUUAUAUGGUUGGGGGAUUUUUUUUUUCUAUUUACAUAUUGUCUCAUAAACACAAAUAUUCAUUUCAAAAUAAAAAUUGGUAUGCAUAAUAUUUAAAUAAAGUAUGCUUGUGUGUUAAAAACAGUAACUACAGUUUUUAAAGUAGAUGAAACAGCUUUAAGUGGAUUCAUCAACAACACAUCACAGUGUGAAACAUUCACGCAACACAAUUUCAGCAAAUGUCACCCGUAGAUGGUGCACAGGACCCGAAAUAAGACAUUGACUCUUCCAUGUUCAUUUUAUGCUCAUGUACUAAUAUGAAUAUGCUUUGUCUUUCUAAAGAUGUGUGCAUUUCAAGCUGCUGAUGUUCUCUUUCUAUGUGUUUUUCAUUUAUAUCUGGAUUAUACACCAAGAUGGAAAAGUUCACAAUUAAAGCCUCAUACAGUUUUUGGAUUGGACUGUGUUUUACAACUACAAAAUGUGUUUUUUAUUUUUUACAUCUUAGAUAUUGUAAAUUGUAAUAUAUGUUGAAUAGAAAUACAUCAAUAGAAACAGAUAUAUACUUCAUGACAUCGACCACAUAAAAACAACACCUGCCCGCUAGUAUUAACUACAAGUUUGUGCGAGACGAAAAAUUUCACUGGAGCAUGAAAGGCAAUCGUAAAUGUGCACAAAAUGAAAUAAAAAACCAAGAGUUUAUAUAUAAGAAUUAAGUCUUCAUAGACAUAAGAUUGACUGUGCAAAUUUUAAUCCAUAACCAUACAAAAUUUAAAACUUUAGUCUUGAUUGUUAGUCAUCUUAUUUAUCUUGAACACAUCAAGAGUCAUAACAUAUUUUUCUUUACAUAAACAUCUUAUAGGCUUUCUUGUGUCAUUUACUAUGAUUUUUAAGUUUGUGGUCAAGGAUGUAUCCCGUUUUGUUCUUUAAAUCAUACUCCUCUUGUACACGUGACAAACACACGUAUGUUUUGACAUAGCGUGCGGCCCACAGUAAUUAUUCCACCCUGGAGGUGAAUUUCCAGAACGUGACUUUAAAAGGUCUUGUGUUUGCUUUAUUUCUACUUCAAGUCUUCAUGCACGUGAAUUACAGCACUACAGACCAAGUCCUAGCUCAUAUUUAGCUAUUCAAAUUCAUAUUUACUGUCACAAUUUAAAUUUACUGUCACAAGAAAUAAAUCAGAAAAACAGAAAUAAAGUUGUUAGCUUAUUUUAUCUGUUUUUAUGAUUUAUUUCAUUUGGAUGCAUGACUCACCGCAGGUUCACACCGCAGAGCAGAUACACAUUUAACACCAAAGGGUUUAAAAACUGCUCAAAACGAUAGAAUCAUAUGAACAAUGAUGCAUAAUAUCUUUGCUUUUUGCAGCAUAUCUUUCCCUUUUUAACAGUUUAUCAACCUUUUAUUAGAUCUGUUAACAAGGCUGACCAAGCAAUGGUGACAUUUCAAAUACAUUUUUUCGACGUCCUUGUUUAACUAGUUUUUCAGAAAAUUUGCAACACUGGUUACACACAAAAAAAACACGCUUGUGCAAAUAAAGCAGGGGAAAAGGUGCAAGUUGGGUUGAGCCAAUCAGUGAAAAGAUACACAUUUUGUUCAAAGUGUUGAAGUUUUGUUUCCUUUUGGGUGGAGAUGACAUUGACAAGAUGACAGAAGUAAGGACAGGUGGACUCGUCUUCAUCUGUUUUUUACUGCUUUACGGUAAGAAUGCAUUUUAACAAUCUACUGAGCGAUUAAAAUAGUAAGAUGAUAUGUGAAAAAACAAAAAGUGCCAAAUUAACAGUGUAAGUGUGAUGAUGACUUAAGACACACAUUUCAGAGAGAAAAAGCUAAACUUUAAACCAUUUUAUCAUGAGAGCUAUAAUGUAUAACGUCUGUUAAGCUGAUUUUCAUAUACUAUUAUUAAUAUAGAAAGAUAGACCCUAAAACAGAAAAACAAAAUAUAACAGUUAAACUGUAUGAUAUGACUGCACUCUUCAUUUCAUUACAAAAUUUUUACAUAUUACCUUACUAAAAUAAUGGCCCAAGACAAUAAUGACUUGGGCCAUUACUUUAGUCAGGUGACAAUAUGACCGGCUGCAAGUUUAGCCAUUAUGUUGUGACACUAUAAUCUUAGGCUAACUGUACUCAGCUGGUUUUGAUUAAGAAGGAAGACAGUUUAAAGUCUUGGGGAAAUCAUAAGCCUUAAACUGAACGGUAAAAAAAACAAACAAAAAAAAAAAACAUUUGCAAUACAUUAAAUUGCUUAAAGAGCACUAAUCAUAUAGAUUUACAUAACCACACGUGUCAGGAAAAGUGCUGAGAGCUACACCAGCAGUUGUGUACCAAGCAGUUGCAACGCUAGUGUUGUAGCAACAGUGUGUGGAGGAAGUUUGUAGUCAGACCACAUGUUAUUUUUGUUUUUUAUUUGCCAGAAAACACCACCCUGGGAAUUUCACCCAGAGAAUUAUUUCUUUUCUCACAAAAAAAAAAAAAAAACAGGUUUGUACACUCAGGAGGCCAGACACUUGGUUCCAGUUGUAAAAAAAUGAACACUUUAUUUGGUUUUUGAAACAUCACUCACACAGGGGGAAAGGGUGAAAACCUAACCAGGUGCUGAGGCUUACCUGAUGGAUAAGGGGCCUUGUGAAAAAGGGGGUGUACCACAAUCCAGAUCACCCGCACCACCACUGGCCCUCAGCAACUGAAAAGGGAAAUAAAAACAAUUAGUGGACGGUGGUCAAAAUAAUAAACACAAGCAAAACACACGCACACACACACACACCAAUCUGCAGUUCAUAUAAAUUAACUGUUUAAAAAAACAAUCAAAUUAUAUUCAAACCAAAGAAAACGACCUACAACUCCGAAAACAAAAUCCACAAACUACCCAAAACCAAACUAGGAGAAACUGAAGGAGUGAGAAGUUAACUAAAACCAAAUAAUCAAACAAAAAUAAUAAACCUGUACACAAUAACCCUGAAAAAAAAGAAAACUUAAACAAAUUAACCCAACCAAAAAAAACAAAAAAGGAAGAACAUCCCCACCGCUCACUCACACCCUUAAAAACACAAAUGCCUCCAAGAAAAGUUCGCCAAGCCGGAGACAAACCAACAGCAGGCCUAGUUAGCACUGUGAGGGCCCGAGCAAGCUAGCAGGGAGGCUAAAGGUAGCAAGCAGCCAGGAGACAAAGCAGCAACAAAGCGGGAGAAACAGCACACUCCUAAGUUGCUCUGAAGCACAAAACAAACAAUGAACAUUGAGUUGAUGGACCACAACACUACCCAGGUAAAACAAUAAGGGCAUACCUGAAGCAGCAAAGCACCGAGAGGCAGCACAAGCAGGAGCACAAAGGGAGAAGCAGGGGGAGGAGUCACAGGUUAAACACUCUCCACCUGUUCCGUGAUUGGACACCUGUGGGGCUCAAUCACCAAAUCAGCUCACUGCACAUAAUGAAAUACAUUUAUUUCUAUGCUGCUACACUAGCAUGCAGAUGUUUAUCACAUGUAGCACCUUAAAUCAGAUUGUUAGCACGCCAAUACUUAAUUACAGAUUAAAGGAAAACCAUGAGUUUCAAAAAUGAAGAAAAGGAUCUUGAUGUGAAAAAUUACAGUCAUGACAAUAAUGGUUCAUAGACACAAUGAUAUCUCACCAGAAAAACUAAGUAAUGAGAGUUUAGAGGAUAAAAGGGUGGCCUGUGCAGCUAAUGCUAUUUAUGAAAUGAUUAAUCAAGCUUCCAAGCUCUGUAUUAGUGAUUUCUCUUUUAAAAUAAUGUUUCCUCUUUUUUUAAACUCAGGUUUUGCUGCAUCGUUGAACUGCAGCAGCCCGACACCUGAAUCCUUGUUUGAUGCCCUUGAGGUGGAACUCUUCUCUAAAAAAAUGCUGCGACCUGUAAAACGUUUUUCAGACACACUAAAUGUAUCCAUCGACAUAACCCUGGUGGGAAUUCUGGGAGUGGUGAGUUCAAUGCAAAAUUCAGAUCUGAUACUUUAUUAGCUAAGUUUAACAAAUGAGUGAAUUGUAUGCCUCAUGAUGAUCAGGAACUUGUCUCAUCCCUAGAACGAAAAAGCCCAGUCCUUGACGACAUACCUGUGGCAGGUUCUGGUAGGUUUUAAAAGUGAAAUUUGUCUAUUUUUAAAAUGUUAUUGUGAAAAUAAAAAGGAAAAAAAAGGUUAAUACCUUUGUGGAGCCUAAAUCACACAGACGUCUUCUUUAACUCAAGUCUGCCAAACCUGCCCUCAGAAGCAUCUACAGUAGCAUGCAUGUCUGUUUUGAGCUUGUCAUGAGUUUUAUCAGUACUAGAUGAGAAAACAGCAAAUUGAUUCAAGAGAGAAUGUAUUUAGUGUCAUAAAUUUGACACUUUGAAUUCUGACUGUUUCCUGUUUACCUCAGCAGUGGAAAAUAGACGGACUGAGCUGGGAUGAGAGGGAGUGUGGAACGACUAGAGUCACGGUUCCUCGUCAAAAUCUUUGGGUCCCUGACGUCCUCAUAACAGAGUUGUAAGCCAAAAAAGAUUUUCAGCAGUCUGUAAGAUUUGUUCAAAAAGAAAAAUAUGCCUCAAACAUAAAUAUGAUAUCCUCUAAAUGAAGCUCUAUUACAUUUUGAUCUGUUUGCAUGACGCUCAUUUUAUAAUUAAAAUAAAGAAGAAGGACUUUUCAUUUUUUUAUUCAAUAUUUUUGUAUUAUCUUUUUUUUUUUUCAGCAUGGAUGAAGAUGUUUCUCCCCAAACUCCUUACGUCUACUUGUACAACACAGGACUUGUAUAUGAUGAUAAGCCCAAGAGAGUGGUCAGCUCCUGCCGGUUAGAAAUCUACACUUUUCCCUUCGACAUCCAAAACUGCAGUCUGACAUUUCAACCUUACAUACACUUUGGUAAGCCUAAUGUUUAUGUCAGAGUUUGUAACAAAUGACACAUCAUUUUAUAAUUUUGUGUUUUUACGCCUUUACAAGACUUUACUGAGAAACUGACCGAAAUGUUCCUGAUUUGCUUUAAGCUGAAGACAUACAGAUGGUUCAAAGCAGAACGGCUAAUGAAAUCUUCAUAGAGUCAAAAAACGUGCUGCAGACCAAAGGGGAGUGGGAGCUUGUGGAUAUCAAAGCAGAUCCGAGUACGAUGGCGAUUGCCGAGGGAGGCUUCUCUGAGGUCAAAUUCUAUGUGAGCACUUUUACCUUUUUAAUGCUGUACUCACAUGAGAAACACUUGUUUAUAUGUUUGAACUCAUUUUUAAUCAACUCUGGUUAAAAAAAAAAAAAAGGAGGAGACACUUAAUUUUAUUUCUUUAUUUAAACUAAUUUAGACUUUUAAUGUUUUUUUAAAUGAAUAAAAAGAAAAAGUAAAAAGAAAAGAAAGAUAAAUUAGACAAAUUGUCAUGUUGGCAAAGUUGAAAAACAGAAAAGGACCCAAUUGCAGAACAAAAAGUGAUUUUAAUGAAAAAAUAACUAAAUAAAAAGCAACAAAAGCUUAAUAGGAUAUGACAAACUCAAAAAUUUAAAAUCCAAGAAAAUGCACUGGUGGAAAAAAAAUACACAAGAAGACACUGGCAUAAACACAAAGACAUCAGUAUACAAGAUACAGGAGACACAGGUGCAGACAAUAGAGGAGGGAAAACUGAGGAAGUAAAACAAGACUAGAAACACAGGGAAUAAACUACUACAAAAUAAAACAGGAAACACUGAAAACUGAUAAAGAAUAAAAGACUGAGAACAUGAGGGAACCGGGGUCAGACAUGAACUGAAAACUCACAAGACAGAACUACAGAGGAACAGCAACAACAGGGAAAUUUUCAAAGUAGAAUUAUGUUUUCUUUUGUAAAUAAUUUUAGUGAAGGAAGCAUGAAAACCAAGAGCCAAACAGAACCAAGGACAGACCCUUGCAGAACACCAAAAGUCCACAAGGCCGUUGAAAAUGCAUGUAAAGCUUUAGCAGAGGAAACUUUACAGUAAAUAUUGUAAAGGUUUACAAAAACCUUGAGUCUCUGUCUUUUAUCUUACCUCAAGAUCAUUUUAAGACGAAGGCCAAUCCUCUAUGUGGUGAACCUCCUGAUCCCAAGCUGCUUUCUGAUCACAGUGGACCUCUUCAGUUUUUUCCUGCCCCCUCAUAGCGUGGACCGAGGCGCCUUCAAGAUGACUCUGAUCCUGGGCUACACAGUCUUCCUGCUCAUCAUGAACGACCUGCUGCCUGUGACUGGAGAUACAACACCUCUCAUGAGUAAGCGAUAAUACCUCAGCCUUGAAGAGCAAAGUCUGAGUGAAAACACCUCUUCUCAUUUUUGUCCGUCUCUUGUUGCAGAUGUUUUAUUCUCUCUCAGCCUCGCUCUGAUGGUGGCCAGCCUGCUGGAAACAGUCUUUAUCACUAAUCUACAGUUCAGCUCUAGUCAGUACAGUGCAGUGCCAAAGUGGCUCAGCAUCCUUGUGCUGCAAUAUUUGGCCAGGGUGGUGUGUCUCCCUCCAAAGAAGAAAAGCAACCGCGUCACGGUCUCCCUUCAUCCACCUAACAGACGUAUGAAGAUGUGAUUGUGCCUCUUUUCUUAAAUCUGUCCCUGCUGCUACAUCUGAUUGAAACAGAAACAAUAUUACAUGCUACUUCUUGUGAAGUAAAAAGAUCGGGAAAACUUUUACAACAUUCAGCUUGACCAACAAGCUUAAAGAUUAUACACUUCACAAUUAAGAGAACUUUUCAGAGAUGAAACCACAACAUAAAUAAAAAAACAGCAGGUGCCUCUGCAUAUUUUACAGAGGAAAGCUUGGCAGCAGCACUAGCAUGGAAGCUAAGCUAUCAAUAGCUGAAGAAGGGUCAUCUCUGCCUCAUAAUUUAGCUCAUUUUAAAUUAUAUCAGUGUUUAUACAUGCUUUUAUUGAAAAUCUAAAUUAAAAAAAAAAGUAUUUGUUGGUCACAAACCUAUGAUGGAGUAUAGGGGCCACUUACAAGAAUAAAGUUGUAAUAAAAAAAUUACUUACGAGAAUAAAGUUGUAAUAAAAUAGUUACUCACAAGGAUAAAGUUGUAAUUAAAUAAUUACUUACAAGAAUAAAGUCGUAAUAAAAUCGUUACUUACGAGAAUAAAGUCGUAAUAAAAUCGUUACUUACGAGAAUAAAGUCGUAAUAAAAUCGUUACGAGAAUAAAGUAGUUAUAAAAUUGUUACUUACAAGAAUGAAGUCUUAGCUAAUAGCUAUUCUAACCUGUUGUUUAGUUGUUUAAAUGAGCGCUGUGGGGCAUUUAGAUGAACUGAACUUCAGUAGCAAGGUUUCACAAACAAGGAGAUACUAAAUCCUUUCAGGAUGGCGUUUCAGCAUCACAUUGUCAUAAGUAUCAGGACAAAUGCAAGAAAUGUAUCUUUUCCGCAGAAAGAACCAGGCAGAUUUGUAGUGAAUCAUUGUUUUUGAGGAGGGGGAAAUGGCAGUGCAGAGGCUAAAUCCCUCAGUGCAGCCGUUUAUAGCAAUAGCAUAUGGCUUUAGUUUAACAUAUGAAUCUAUAUGCCAUAAGGUGUUGGUGCCUCUGCAGGUGUAGGUUGCUGCCAGUGUUGUGGUAUAAGGAUAAGUAUAAGGUAGCAAAAAGGCUGUUUAGCAUUCUUUUGAUAAGUUUUUCCUUACCCUGACUCUGAAUUCUUACUAUUUUGCCUACCUAGCAAUAGACACAAUCACCGUCUCUGUCAGAGAUCUUCCGGGCGUCUACCCCGAUAAACCCCCUCCGGAGCCGGCUCUGGAUGAACUCCGUAAACUGAGCAGAGACCUCACCGCCAUCAGAGUCCAGAUUGACAAGCAGAUGGAAGGAAGCAGCACUUCCCAGGAAUGGUUGAUGAUCGGGAUUGUCGUCGACCGUUUGCUGUUUGCUUUGUACAUUCUCUUUAUCUCAGCCAGCUUCGCCACCAUCAUAUCCAUCUGGAUCUGGAAUAAUUCCUUAGACUAGUUAACUUGUCAAAUCACACCACUGUCAUGAUCACAUGUCAAAGUUUUGGCAGUUUUAAGUUUAUAGUCACGAGUAAAAAAUGAUAGAAGCGUGUAACUUAUUUUACUACAGUAUAUUACAAGUCCAAAUAUUGGAUUCACCAUUAAAUCUUUGAUAGGAUUCUUAGUUGUGAUGAUGAAAUGCUUCCCAGAGACUCUGAUCUUUUAUUUUACUUGUACCACAGUAAAAAUAAAGAGUAGAUACAGUGUGCUAACAAGUCUUUUUUUAGUCUCUGCUUUGUAAAACACCGAAAGUCAAUAAUAAGCACAGUGGAACAGAUAGAUACUCUCAUGGGUGAAGGUGCUAAAAAAAUAAAACGGGCGAGUGGUUAUUGAGGGUGUUUAACAACAACUCCUGUUUUCCCUCUGUGUACUUAUAACCAGACUGCAUGUGCCCUAGUUUUGUAUGUUUUACACUUCUUUGAGUUUCAAUAUAAACCCAUGAAGACAAACCGUCCCUAAAAUAAUGAAUUCAGUUUAUCUUUGUACCAGUUUUUUAUUUUUUUUUUUAAGUUUUAACUUUUAAUUCAGACGUACUUAUCUGGAAUAAAUCCUGUGAUGUUUUCUUUAUUGGAGGUGUUUGAGUGUGAAAUGUGUGUAAAUUAUUAAAUGCAUGACUGUGGGGCAAUGAACCUAACUGUGUUUCUUAUUAUGUUUAUUCCAUUUAUGAACUCACCUACAAAACUUGUGUUAAGUUAGGCUAAUGUAAUGAGUCAGCAUGUAGUAGUUAGAAGUGAGUAUGUCUCCAGAGGAUUGAUUCGAGCCUAUUCAGUAUCCAGUGAAACACUAAUAAGGAGUAAUAAGUGUAUGUGUGCACUACUGAGCCGGUGGAAACUGUCUGUACUUUGAAGAGACUGUUAGUCUGCAGAGUGUGAAGAGUAUGAAGGAUGAUUUUGCGUCAACAGAGGAUCAGCCUUAUCUCAGCUUUACUCCUCAUCACAGGUAAUUAUUAUACGUUUUCUAAAAGAAUUUAUUACGUAUAAGUAGCUUUGCACAGGUGUAUUAUCAAACUGAGGGAUGUAAAGUGUUGGAAAAAGAAGUUCAUCUUUUUUAUGUGCUGUAUUUUUCUGAGUAAGAGCCAUCGUAGUACAGAGGCUUCUAGGCAAAUAAAUAUUAAUAUUUUAAAUCCAUCAUUCCACUGUAUUUUACAUUUUAGAUGAAUUGUGUGCAGAGUUAAAUUGUCUAAACAUUUUGCUAUUUUACAAGAGGAACAUAUGUAAUUAAUUAAAGUAUAUAUAUUUGAUAUGAAAAAGCUUUAGCUUGCUAUGUGAAACAAAAUCAUGAUGCUGUUAAAUAUUUCUGGCUGUUGAGAAAUUUUUUUUAAUUUUGUAAAGUUCAUUCAAAUCUGAUUUUGUCUUCCAUGUCUGUUUUCUUUGAACUAAAACAAAAAGUUUAAGUACUUUCUUUUACUCUUGAAUGAUUUUUGAUCUGUUACCGCAAAAGUACAAUUUAUUUCAUUUUGUUUGGAUGAGCUUUUUAUUCCGAGUAACAGCUCAGGAUUUCUUAAAGUAGGAAGUGGAGGUUUUCCACUCAGAUGAAAUGAAAAUAAAUCUCAGCACGUCUUUAAACUUUCUCUCUCUUCAGUGUUUCUCUGUGAAAGUAAACUGACCUGCAAAGACGGACACAGUGGUCCAACCUACGAGUCCAUGCAGGAUGUGUUUGACCUGAAACCCUUUAGACCGGCAGUGAAUCUCAGCAAUCCCACCAUCGCUAACAUUUCCUUUACUCUGUAUGCUGUUCUGGGCGUGGUGAGUUUCUCAAUUUUGAGAAGAAGUAAAAGAAACUUCAUCCGGCUUUUAGAGACAGAAUAGCUUAUUUAAUCUGUGCAGUCAGCUCUGCUGUUCCUAAUACCGAGAAUCAUAUUUUCAAGUUGUAUUCUCAAACAAAAACUCCAUUUUGUGCUGACCUAUAACAAAGUUUAAGAGGUAAUAAUCAUCUUCAGUUGAAGUUAAUCUGUUGUUUACCUUAUUUCAGAAUGAGAAAACACAAAUUCUCACCACCUUCUUGUGGCUGAGACUGGUGAGUAGAAAAAAAAGACAAAAUCUGCCCAUUGAUGAAAUACAAUUUAGAAAGCUGAUAGUUCAAGUCUAUGCUGGGAGGUUAACCGUGAAUCUUCUCCGGUGAAUUUACUGCAGUACUGGCACCAUGAGUUCCUGGUUUGGGAACCUGAAGAGUGUGACGGGGUCACAAGGAUUUCUCUGCCUGUGAAGAAGCUCUGGUCUCCAGACAUCAUUGUGUAUGAGUUGUAAGUGUUCCUGCUGCAUAAGUUUGUUUUUUCAUCCAUUUUAAUACCUCCCCAAGGUUGUGAACAAACACUUGAGUACUUUAUCAAGUGCUUGUGUCUCUCAUUAAUGUAUCCAUGCAUCCAUUAAUCCUUGACAAUGAUCUAAUAACAUUUGUAAGUAAAAGAUAGCUUAUGCAACAAGGUGGCCAUUGCAGGGUAUAUUUCUUACUAUUCUGCCCUUUCACCCUGCAGUGUGGACGAUGAUGUCUCCCAAGCAUGUCCCUAUGUCUACGUGAACCACACGGGCCACAUCCGCUGGGACAGGAUGCUUCGGCUAGUCUCAGCCUGUAACCUGGAGAUCUUCAGUUUUCCUUUUGACGUGCAGAACUGCACAUUUACAUUUGGCUCCUACAUGCACACCAGUAAGAAAAAAACGUGACAUGGUAUCUAUUGAGGAAAAGAGUACCAAAUUAAAUUAAAUUGAGUCGCUACAUGUAUUUAGCAGAGCUUGUAUUAUUUUACAGUGUAAUCUUGUUGUGUUUUCAUCCGUUACAGUAAGGGAUGUGAGGGUCAGUCCAGCCUUGACCUUCACAGAGAUGUCUAGAAACUCAAAACGUUACUUGGAGGCCAGUGGAGAGUGGGAACUGGUGGACAUACUGGGGGAGACGUCUAUCCUCACGUUUGGGAUCGAUGAGUGGGACAUCAUCACCUUCUGGGUAAGAGUUAGGGUUUAGGUUUAUCUAUGAAUUAUUCAAAUGCAGAAGUAAAUAAAACAUCUAUAAGACAAAAACACAUUCCACAUUCACAGUUUCUUUAUCAUUUAAAGGUUUGUGAACAAAACUUGUGUUCAAAAAUGUUUGACUUUGACACCAGGUGGUUAUAAAGCGACGGCCAGUGCUCUACGUGGUCAACCUGCUGAUCCCAAGCUCCUUCCUCAUGCUCAUCGACAUCCUCUCCUUCUACCUGCCCCCCCACAGCGUGGACCGUGCCUCCUUCAAGAUGACCCUCAUCCUGGGCUACACUGUAUUUCUGCUCAUCAUGAAUGACCUGCUGCCCAGCACGGCCAACGGCACACCUAUUAUAGGUCUGAGAGAGCGCUGACAUUUUCUCGUUUCAAGGCCCCAGUAUCACUCGAAAUGUGGUCAUCAGUAAUAAAAUUGAGAGAAGACAAAGUGGUCUAAAGAGGUACUCCACAGGGAUGACGAUUAUACCUGCUUCUUUCUUUUAGACGAACAAUUCCAGCAAACAAUUUAAAUCCCACCACCAGAAAAUCCGCCUCUAUGCCGACGACAUCCUACUAUUUAUCACAAAUCCCUCAUCUUUACUUCCAUCAGUUUAUAGUCUAAUCAGUAACUACAGUGAAGUGUCUGGCAACCUCAUGAACUGGACAAAAUCUGAAAUUCUGCCCAUUACCUGAUCUAACUGGGAUGCUGGGGUUGGGGAUCCCCUCCUGAAAGAUAUAGCCAAAUGUAUUCUGGAGCUCGCAAUCUCAGUCUCAUCAAAUUUGAAUGAUUUAUUUCAGCUCAUUUAUUUUCCUCUUACGCACAAAAUAAAGACAGUGAAGAAAGAUGAAACAAAUGACUGUUAUCCUGAAUUUAACCAUAAAUAUUAAUAUCCCCUCCAAUAUUAGAGUCUGAUCUAGACCAGCUUUUUGUUACGCUUUUUGGAAUAACAGUUGCAGUGUUUGGCGCUACAUGAAUAAAGAUUGAUUGAUUGAGUUCAUGACAUCUUUGACAUGAUACUGAACACCCCACCCAUAGGAUAAGUCUGUGAAUAGUACAGUAACUCAUUUUUAUUGGAAAAAAAACCCAACAAAAACAAAACCAAGAAUCAAACUGUCACCCCCCAGAGACACAGACAAUACGAAGGAGUUGGGGCUCCAAACUUUUUUCUCCAUAUUAUAUCACACCAAUAACUGUACACUAGACACUGGAAAAACAACACCAAUCCAUUUUGGCUGGAUACAGAAAAACAAUUUAGCUCAAGAAAUAGAAAUUUGUCCUUUUCUAUUUGUAGACAAAUGCUAGGAACGAAGAAAUAAUGUCACUUCCCUGCAGAUUCUGCAUUUCCUAGCAGAAUAUUUUAUGGAGAUUUUUCAAGUUUCCUCUGAUUAUUGUGCAUGUGUUAAUCUCCCUUUGUCCUUCAAUCCAGGAAUCUAUUUCUCAGUGUGUCUGGCCCUCAUGGUCAUCAGUCUACUGGAGACCGUCAUCAUCACCAACGUCCUCCAUCACAACUCCAUGAAAUAUCGAGAAGUUCCAAAUUGGGUCCGGGUGGUUGUCCUCAAACAUAUCGCCAACCUCAUUUGCUACAGACAGCCGGAGGACGCCCAGCCCCCUGUUACACCACAUGGAGAUAAAGCUGACAGCUCAAACAGCAGCACUACAGGUCCAUGGAUCAUCCAACCAGCCAACCGACCUCCUGCACAGAACCUAACGGAUGGAGGUACUCAAACAUACCCUACCUUUACUCGAACAAGACCAUGACACCAAUAUGUUCUUACUGAUGGUUAUCUAAAGAGUAUUACAUCUUAUGAGAAGUUCUUACUUUACAAAUACCUUCAAAUCAAGUCAGCUCACACACAGGAAUCACAUUAUUACUUUCACUCUUAACUCUGACCAAAAAGACAUAUGGAUCCUCUUCCCAGGUGUAGCGUCUCUACCUGAACUACAGCAGAUCUGUCAAUACCUGGGCGACCUCCGCGCCCAUCUCACCUCGCUGCAGAAGGAGAGUGAGCUCCAGGACCAGUGGUGCCAUGUGGGCUACGUCCUCGACUUCCUGCUCUUCCGCAUCUACCUGCUCCUCAUUUCCUGCUACGCCCUGGUGAUCAUCUCUAUGUGGUGUAUCUGGAUCAGCCAGUAG